CUUUAGACAAAAGUGUAAGAAACAUAGUGUAAGAAACAUAAACAUAUGUACUGUAUGCAUGUAUGUAGGCCUAUGUGUAUGUUUCCAAGUAUGUACAGUUAGUAUGUCUGCAUGUCUACCUAUUUGAUCAUUUAUUUAUAUAUUUAUUAGCCACCAUCUUCUGAUCUUACAUGUUAAUUGAUUGCUUACAAUCAACCCCUAUUUAAUCUCUAAACCGCCCAACAAUGUCACCAUCUCUCAUGCACAAUCUGGACAGGACUGAAUGGACACAGGUUUAGAACAGCACGGAUGGAACAAUGGAACACAAUGUGCAAGUGUAAAACUUUACCAUGAUGAAGCCUUCAUUUCCAUCCUCUACAGUAGAUGGCAGCAUUGUAACUAAUAUUUGGAGGGCUCCCCUGCCUGUAAACCCCAAAAGGAGAGUAAAGGACAAAUUCGCAUAGCUUCGAGGGACGUCUGGUGGAGAGGUGCUGUCACAACAGGUGGAUGAGCAGUGUGAAUGUGUGGCCUGCCUUAGCGUGAUGGAGCAGUGUGCGUGCGUUGAGCGGGAGCUGGAGAAGGUUCUCCACCGCUUCAUGACGUACAGCCACCAGUCCGAGGAGCGCCUGGACGAGCUGCUGAGGAACGUCUGCGAGCUGCGCAGUCAGCUGGUCGCUUUUGGUGUGCAAGAUGCAGACUUGUCCGUCUUUUCUCAAACAAUGACCCAAUGCUGCAAGGAAAUCAAAGAGACAGUGCAGAUGCUUGCGUCUAAACACAAGGACAUACAUGGCAGUGUGUCCAAAGUGGGCAAGGCUAUUGAUAGGAAUUUUGAUGCAGAGGUGAGUGCGGUCGUUGCUGAAACCGUGUGGGAUACGCCAGAGAGACAGAAGUACCUCAGUGAAACCAUCGUAGAACACCUCUAUCGACAAGGAAUGCUGAAUGUCGCUGAAGAUUUAUGCCAGGAGUCUGGUGUGGUUAUCGAUAUGAGUAUGAAGCAACCCUUUCUUGAACUGAAUCGAAUCCUGGAGGCCUUGCGGACGCAGGAUCUCCGGCCCGCUCUAGAGUGGGCCGUGACGAACCGGCAGCGGCUGCUGGACCUCAACAGCACCCUGGAGUUCAAGCUGCACCGCCUGUACUUCAUCAGCCUGCUCAACGGUGGCAUUGGCAACCAGAUGGAAGCUCUGCAGUAUGCCCGCCACUUCCAGCCCUUUGCCGCACAGCACCAGAGGGGUGAGUCAGCCCAAGGCCACUGCCCAUUGGCUGCACGAGUGUCCCGUCCAAAUGAUAUCCAGAUCCUGAUGGGGAGUCUGGUCUACCUUCGGCAUGGCAUCGAGAACUCCCCCUACCGGACUUUGCUGGAGACCAACCAGUGGGCUGAGAUCUGCAACAUCUUCACCAGGGACGCCUGCGCCCUCCUGGGCCUCUCUGUGGAGUCUCCCCUCAGUGUCAGUUUUGCCUCUGGCUGUAUGGCCCUGCCCGUCCUGAUGAACAUCAAGCAGGUCAUCGAGCAGCGACAGUGCAGUGGGGUGUGGACUCACAAGGACGAACUUCCGAUUGAGAUUGACCUCGGCAAGAAGUGUUGGUACCACUCAGUGUUCGCCUGCCCCAUCCUGAGGCAGCAGACCUCGGAGAGCAACCCACCCAUGAAGCUCAUCUGUGGGCACGUGAUCUCCAGAGACGCCCUCAACAAGCUCACCAACGCUGGAAAGUUGAAGUGUCCCUAUUGCCCCAUGGAACAGAACCCGUCAGAUGCCAAACAGAUCUAUUUUUGAUGUCCCUACGGAGGGCAAGUGAAGCAAACGGCGACGACCGAGGAUUUGACCAGACGCGUGAGCUGCGCUCCCAGACUCGACAACUGCGCCGUCCCUCCACCCACACCAGCUUCUUUUCUUUCGAUCCCUCCCUCCCUCCCUCUCUCCCUCUUUCCCUCCCUCCUUCCUGUCCGAUGGAAGACCUCCUGUGUGACGGACGGUCCUCCCACGUCCUUUUUGGAGCGGUCAGGCCACGGCAGGAUGGCGUGAAGUCCUCACCAGUUUUAACAGUAGAGCAGACAGUGUGUGUAAGUGUCUCUGGUCCAGAAUUGUUUUAAUGACAGUUAGAAAAUGGAUCACUCGUACAUACAUACAUCAGUUCAUUCAUUCACUCACUCAUUCGUACACCCUCAAUAUCUGUCUGGUCUACUUUCUUUUGGAUGUGUAUGUGUGUGUGUGUGUGUGUGAGAGAGAGAGAGAGAGAGAAAGAGAGAGAGAGAGAGAGAGAGAGAGAGAGAGAGAUUCUUCUCUAACAUGGAUGGGGGGAAUGUUUUUUUCCCUCUUUCAGGAUUUUUAGUUUUUCUUAGUCUACAAGACUUUGAUUUUUUAUUUCUAAUUUCCCCUAUCUGCGUUCUUUUGUCUGCUCACUUUUGAGGGGGAAUGCGUGCAACUAUUCUGAACGGGUGAAAACACGACACGUUUAUGCUUGACCGUUGUUUAUUUACAGAUGAUAUUUAAACAUCAUUAUAAAUAUAUAAUAUAAAUACAUAAAAAGCAUAGACAUAUUUAGAGGCACGUAUUAAAUGCGGCUUGGGCUUUCUCAGUUAUCUGUGCACACACACAAAAAGCAUAUUGAAUAAGGUGAAGGUGAACUCUGUGAAUCUUGUCAGUGAAACCUGAGGUGACGUUUAAAAGACUGUAGAUUUUCUUUUUUCCCUAAAUAUGGAUUACUGAUUGUAAACUUUAGAGUGUCUCUCCCGGUAGGCUACUGGGAUGGUGGACGAGUGUGCGAGUGAGUGAAUGGGGGAGAUUUAUAAAAGUGCAUAUAUUCAUGUAUCGGUGUGAAGAUUUACUGAUUAUUACAGGCGAACAGGGCAGGGAAUUGGCCGAUCUUGUGCUUUCUAGGAUUUCUGUUUUUUUUUUUCACCUACUUCCAAGAUCCAAGCCAUUUUCUUUGCUCUGUGUAUGUAUUUAACAUAUAUUUUCUUGAAAGGAAAAAAACAACAACAUAAUCUACUGUGAAUUGUGCUGAGAGACUCAUUUUUCUUUUCCAUUCAUGGGUAGUGACAUCUUUGUAAUAUAUUCAAAGCGUGAAAUAAAUAACUGGUCAUGCUAUGAGAUGACCUCACUGACUGACUGACCUGCGGUCGUACUCCUUGUUUUUCGUGUCCAUUUUUCGGUCACCCCCCCCUCCCUUACCUUUCCCCCUCCACCCAACCCCUCCACGUCCAGCUGGAGGAUACCCACAUCUGUCAGUCACAAUGAACAAGGUCAAUAGACUGGUCACUCUGACAUGAGUGACCUUCACUUUAACUUGCACACCCUCCAGAUCUUAUCAUGAUAAUGAUGAUGAUGAUGAUGAUGAUGAAUGUUAGGACGUAACGUAAACAAUAAAAAGUAAAGUUGAUGUCUGUGACAUGUUAGCCGUCGUAACGUUCAGUGAAGCGUCACUGGAGUGUUGUGCUUGGCUUCUCGUCAGUGCGCUCCCAUCCAGAUACGGUUUGGUUGUGAGUUUGGUGAAUUUUUUUUUAUUAUUAUUGAUCAGCCAUUUUCAUCUCUUUAUCAUCCCCAUCACCAUUGUCCGCAUUGAACUCUGGAGUAGAUUUUAUCUCCCUUUUUUAUUUUUGCUGCUUAGUUGUUCAACAGCAUUCAGUGUUCUGUAGGAGCUCAUUGAUUCCGUUUUCUUUUGUGCUGAAGAUGUUUGAUGCCCGAGGAGAGGACCAUUGUUGUGUAAAGACCCUAUUGUCCUCUGACUUCGCUGAUUCGCUGUUUACGCUUCUUGGCUUUUUACCAGUGUGCCGACAAACAAACAAACAAACAAAUUUCUUCCCUUUAAAUUUGAGCGCUUUUUUGCUGCAAGGCAGAUGUAGUUUGCUUGCUUUUUUUUAAAAACCUAGAUGUAUGGAUGAUUUUGGAGGGCAAAAGCGACACCGCAACCAACACCAUUUGAUAAUAGCAAUUUCUGCCCAAAACAAACUUGAAUCAUCAUGACAGGAAAUUGAGACGUGAGCCUGAGUGUAAAGUGCUGGCUGAAGAACACUUGAAUGUUUGAUCAGCAGUCAUGGGUGGGCCAGGAAGAGGGGGGGUGUAUGGAAGGCUUUAAAGGGUGUUCUGAGGUAAAUCCAUCAUCACCCUGCCCUAGAUAUGGACUUUUUUGAGGCGGCUCAGGCAAGAAGGAUGUCAGGAGAGGCACUGGACACUGCUUUUUCAGCAGCUAAACAAUGUGGGACUGGUGUUGAGUGGCAUCAGUGAAUAUGUGUGUGUGUGUGUGUGUGAUUUUGUUUGAGAGGUAUGCCUUGAUUGUAGGGAGGAAAUGGGAAUGCAUGAGGUCUUGAGUGUGCUUGAUUCCUUUUUAUUUUAUUUUAUUUGUUUUCUGAAUUGUUUCAUUACUUUGGUAGACAAUCACCCAUUGCCUCCCUAAGUAUGAACCAGAUUGAAUAGAUCGCAUCCAGAGCCCCAGCCUGUCUUUUCUGACUUCUCACGAUUGACAUUUAGCCAAUUGUAUGAUAAUAAAUGUGCGUUUUUUUUUUUCUUCUCUGCUAACAGUUGUUAUGCAACUUCUAUUGUAAAUAUUUAUCCUCUAAUAGUACAGUAUGUUUCAUAUUAUACUUGCAUCUUAAAAUAAAAAAAUAAAAAACUUUAUACACUAUA